AUGUCAUACAGAGGGCAAAAUCAGUUCAACAACCAGUUCAACGCUGGUCAAUUCCAGCCCAACCAGUUUAGUCAUGGCCAGUUCCAGCCAAAUCAGUUUCAAGGAAAUCAAUUCCAGUCCUCCGGCGGAAGACAAUCGGUCAACAUUGGCCCAGUGCCCUCCCAGCAGUCUCCUUUGGCCAAAGCCGAGGAGUUCCUUAAAAAGGUCGAAGACUUUUACGACAAGAUCUUGAGCCCUUACAAGGGCUACAUCCCAGCCAUAGGGCGUCUUUUCAUUGUCGCCACGUUCUAUGAGGACGCCGUGAGAAUCUUCUUCCAAUGGUCCGAGCAGGUCUAUUAUUUGCAUGUCUACAGAAAGUUCUGGAAGUGGCUCACUGUUCUGUUCCUUUUCUUGAACAUCAUCUUGAUGUUGGCUGCUUCAACGCUCUUGGUCUUCAGAAGACAUUCAAUGUAUGCUACCUGCGUACUUACCGGAGUGGUUGUUUUCCAGGGUUACUUUUACGGUUUGAUCAGCGACAGCCAGUUCUUGUUGAGAAACUUAUCUGUCGUGGGUGGCUUGAUCUUGGCCUUCUCUGAUUCCCUAGUUAGGGAUAAGAGGUCCUUGAGCAUGCCGGGCUUGCCAAUGCUUAACAACAAGGACGAGAAGAAGUACUUUUUGUUGGCAGGCAGAUUGUUGUUGAUCUUUUUGUUCUUGGGAUUCGUCUUUUCCGCAAACUGGUCCUUUGCUAGAGUGUUGAUCAUCCUUGUGGGACUUGUUGCUUGCGCAUCCAUUGUUGUUGGUUACAAGACCAAGAUUGCCGCUGGAGUGAUGACUGUUCUUCUCUUCACUUAUAACGUCUUUGUCAACCAGUUCUGGAGAUACUCCUCGAUGAAUGCCAACCGUGAUUUCUUGAAGUACGAAUUUUUCCAGACCUUGUCCAUUGUUGGAGGUCUUUUAAUCAUUGUCAACGCUGGCGCCGGUGAGUUGUCCAUUGACGAGAAGAAAAAGAUUUACUAA